UGUCAAGGUUGUCCGUUAAUUUGACAGUUCGGUAAUCUGAAUAAUGUAACUCUUUCGACCGAAGAGUCCAAAAUCCUAAGUGAAACGCCCAAAAUUAUCAGUUCGAGAUGGCCAAGCAGGUCGUGUGGACGCAGUGCAUCGAGAAGGAGAACUUCCUCCGGCUGAAAUGGUUCACGAGGAACGAGAAGCGCCUGAACGAGAUCGCGAAUGCGCCACUAGUCAGGACCGUGCCGGAGGAGGCGAAGGAGGACAUGCGCCUUGGACGCAUCGCGAGGUUCCAGAAUGUCGACCGCAAGAACGUGAAGAAGCUGGACGAGCAGAUGCCGUACUCUCACGUCGAUCCUAGGAUCCACAACGUGAUGCAACCGGUCGAUCCGAAAACGUUGAAGCUGUUGUACGCUGGCACCCAGAGAGAUGGGCGCAGAAAUUACCUGAGCAAACGGGUGAAAAUCAUCCCCGAGAACCGAUACUAUUUCCCGGAGACGUCCAGUUUCGAAUACGGCUGGAAAAUGUGGAACGCCUCUAGACAAGUCACGCCGAAGGUGCGAUACGGAAGGAAGGAGGUUAUAAGGGAGUUUUACCGAAGGGCUGGCGUGGGACGGGACCCCGAAUGGCACAAGGAACCUGCCAAACUGAGCCCAAUGAUUUGCGGAUCUAUUUGAAUGUUUUGUCUUCUGUUUUCAGUAAAUGUGGUUAUAUGUGGAGGA